AUGGAGGAUACAUCAACAAUGACCCUAAUUAUGGGAGACGAGGAGAAUGAAUUAGCAUUGAAUAACGCUGAAUAUGCUGAUGACGAGAAAAACAACACGGUGAAUUCCACGUUUCUCUACGACUAUGAUCCUAACGACAGCUUCGGUACGUUCUUUUUAGACGACUUAAUACCCACCAGCAUUGUCUACGGCCUCACUCUUAUUGUUGGCUUAACUGGAAACAUCCUAAUCAUGUACACAGUGGUCCGAUUCAGACGCAUGCGCACUAUUAGUAAUCUUUUCCUCGCAAGUUUGGCAUCCGCUGACCUCCUCUUAAUACUCGUUUGCGUUCCUGUAAAGUACGUCAAGCUUUUCUCCUAUACGUGGACUUUAGGAGAAAUUUGUUGCAAAUUCGUGUAUUAUAUUCAAAACGUUUCGUCUAUUUGUUCUGUGCUGACUCUAACAGCAAUGAGUGUAGAAAGGUACUACGCCAUCAUUCACCCAGUCAAGUCCCGCUACAUUUGCACGACCAGUCACGCUCGCCGGCUUAUUAUCGCAAUCUGGCUCAUUUCUUUGGUGUUUGCCAUCCCUGUGGUAUUUGUUCAGACACAUUUAGAAGUUGGAGAACGAAUCAAAGCUUACUGGUGUGUUCGAAGCUGGUACAGUUCAAUCCUAUGGCGAGGUUACGAAGUUUAUAUGCUGAUUCUUAUCCUUAUGGUGCCAUCUAGUGUCAUGGGUUACACUUACACAAAGAUAUGUCGACAGCUAUGGAUUGUUGUGAAGGAACGAGCUGACAUGACACUGGGAACUGUGGGCUAUUCCACUGAGAUGUCGGUUCGAAUCAAAAAUCAGCCGGUGUCUUCGAGUAUGAAACCAAGAUCCAUGAUCCACAGAAUAGAUGAUGAUAAUGCCCAGGUAAAACAGGUGAUCAAGAUGCUAGUAGCAGUGGUUGUUUUGUUCAUCAUGUGUUGGGCUCCAAUCCUUAUCACUAACGUCUUGACUGCUUUCGGCUACAUUCACCACCUGAAUUAUGGGUAUUUGAAAGCACUUCGAACCGCCUUUCAUCUCCUGUCUUACUUCAACAGUUGCAUCAACCCUUGUGUAUACGGGUUCAUGUCUCAGAACUUUCGGAGCAGCUUCAAAAGCGCUUUACGCACGUGCUUGUGUGCAGGGAAAAGGCAGCGAGUUCGAGGCCUGUCGUCUCUCAGCCGCACGCGCACCACAUCGAUAAGUUACGGCCGGUCGACAGCAAUAGCUAAUGACGGGUUUUGAAAAGGUCAUAAUGGGAUGCCAUCCCUCACAGAGUAAACAAGGCUUGGAUUGAUUCCUGAUUAAUGUAAUGUUCAUCCCAGUUUCGAAUGAAUAGAUACGUACUUCCUGCGAGGUUUUUCUUCGUAGAUUGGAAGACAGAAGCUAUUGUAAGCGUUCCUU